AAUCGGCGGAAACGUCAAAAGCGACCCUGUGACUUGUGGUGGUACAAUUUUAAGAAAAAUUUGCUGCAAUUACGUAACUGGAUGCCUCAAAUACAUACGAUACCAUUAAAUGCACGCCAAAUAAUAUUCUUAUUUUAUUUUCUCUACUAUGACAAUUAGUGGAAAACAAAGGAACAUCGUCAGAUUGAACCCCGUCAAGUGACUAAACAUACAUUUUUACGGCGUAAAUAAACAUUUGGGCUGCUUGCUUGCGCCGGGCUAAUUCUGAAAUUUGCCUACUGUUUACGACGCAUGUGGUUGGUGCACUAAAGUAGAGAACCUUUUACUGGAUUGCACACUUCGCAUGAAAUGGCUGCUUAUCUUAAUCGCACUAUUUCCAUGAUGUCUGGCGACGGGCCCCACAAUAGACCGCCUGUAACUGCUGUGUUGAGAACAAAUGGUAUUGAUAAUUCCCCGUUGCAGAUUUUCGUUAAAGCCAAGAAAAAAAUUAAUGAUAUAUUUGGAGAAAUUGAAGACUAUGUUAAUGAUACUGUGGAAUAUAUGAGAGAGAUUGGAAAGGAGGACCACAUAGUAUCUCCGAUGAAAGUAAAGCAAAUUGAAGAGUUUGUUGAUAAAGUUCGCAGUAUCAGGGAGGUGCUUGCCAGGGAUCACAUGAAAGUAGCAUUUUUUGGACGCACUUCUAAUGGGAAGAGCUCUGUAAUCAACGCUAUGCUACGUGACAAAAUAUUACCUAGUGGAAUUGGUCAUACCACCAACUGUUUUUUACAAGUUGAAGGUUCUUCUUCAGAAGAUCCAUAUUUAACUCUAGAAGGUUCUACUGAUCAUUGUGCUGUGGAGUCUGUGGGUCAAUUAGCGCAUGCCUUGUGUAAGGAGAAGUUAAGUGAAUCACAAUUGGUGCGGGUGUUUUGGCCUAAGAACCGAUGCCUCUUAUUGAGGGACGAUGUAGUCUUUGUUGACUCGCCGGGGGUGGAUGUCACGCCUAAUUUGGACGAAUGGAUUGAUAAGCAUUGUUUGGAUGCCGAUGUGUUUGUGCUUGUUGCCAAUGCAGAAUCAACUUUAAUGGUUACUGAAAAAAAUUUUUUCCAUAAAGUGUCGAAAAAACUGUCCAAGCCAAACAUAUUUAUUUUAAAUAACAGGUGGGACGCGUCAGCCACUGAACCUGAAUUUUUAGAUCAGCAUUGCAAUGAACAGGAAGAGGUGCGCAGGCAACAUCAGGAACGGGCUGUCGACUUUCUGGUGAAGGAGCUAGGCGUAUGUACGGCGAAGGAAGCCGAGGAGAGAAUUUUCUUUAUAUCGGCAAAAGAGGUGUUGCAGGCGCGCAUGGCCGAAAGGGGUCAGACCUCAUCGACUCCGCUCACCGAUGGAUUUCAGACCCGUUACUUUGAAUUUCAAAAUUUCGAGCGGAAGUUCGAGGAGUGCAUUUCCAAGUCAGCGGUCAAAACGAAGUUCGAACAGCAUUCGCAAAGGGGAAAGUACAUUGCCAAUGAGCUCCGCGAUAUACUCGAGGGCAUCUACAAUGAGGCACUAAAAUUAAAAGAGCAGAAGAUCAAACAGGAGGGCGAGCUGACAGAUAAAAUUAACUUCACCGAGCAGCAGUUGAUGAUGAUAACGCACGAGAUGAAAAAGAAGAUUCGAACGAUGGUGGAAGACGUCGAACAGCGCGUGUCGAAAGCUUUGACGGAAGAGAUCCGACGCCUCAGUAGCCUGGUGGACGAGUUCAGUUUGCCCUUUCAUCCGGAGCCUUUAGUACUUAACGUUUACAAGAAGGAGCUGCAUUUGCACGUCGAAACUGGUCUGGGCUCGAAUUUAAGGGCGAGGUUAUCGACGGCCCUGGCCAUGAACAUGGAACAAAGCCAGGCGGAAAUGACCAACAAAAUGGAGACCCUGAUACCAGAAAGCUAUCGAAACGCCAGCACGUUCGUUCUGCCGAGGAGACAGCCUUUCGAAAUCUUGUACCGAUUGAACUGCGAUAACUUGUGUGCUGAUUUCCACGAAGAUUUAGAGUUCAGGUUUUCCUACGGUAUAACAGCUCUAAUUCAACGAUUUGCCGGCAAGGGUGGCAGCUUCCUAGCGUUAAAAAAUAACCGCGAACGACCUCACAACAGCAUAAUGCCUUCGACGCCGACAGACGUAGUAGACGGCAGGCUAAUGUACCCGAACGCCACCUUCGACGACUGGUCACUACUCUCCAGAGUGGCCCUCAUGGGACUUACUUCACAGGGCACCAUGGGCUGCCUCUUGGUCUCCGGAUUCAUGUUCAAGACCAUCGGUUGGCGGGUGGUCGUGAUCACAGGCGCCCUUUACAGCUGCCUUUAUCUGUACGAGCGGUUGACGUGGACCAACAAAGCGAAAGAGAGAGCGUUCAAAAGGCAGUAUGUGGACCACGCCACCCGAAAACUGAAAAUGAUCGUCGACCUGACGUCGGCGAACUGCAGCCAUCAGGUACAGCAGGAGCUGAGCGGUACAUUUGCGAGACUGUGCAGCUUGGUGGACAGAGCAACGAGAGACAUGGACGAUCAGCUCAGGGUGUUGGAGAAGGAGGUCGCCACGCUGGACAGUGCGGGCGGCAAAGCUAAGGUCUUGCGUAACAAAGCCAAUUACCUCGCCCACGAAUUGGAUUUGUUCGUGGACGCUUAUUUGAAAUUGCAUAAUUAGUCCUGGAGGUUCGUCUCACGUCGAUAGUUUGGAGGUAGUUUUUAGUAUUAUAAUUUGCUCGGGAAAAACUUCAAGCCUGUCUCCGACUUGCAGAGGUUAAUUAGUUUAAUACUUUCGCUUCAAAUGGUAUGUGUAUCCGGGAAUGUUUUCAUUUUGCUGUUGCCGGUUUGACGCGAAUUUUAGUUGUGAUAACGAACGAAAAGCUAAUGAAAAGCUGACGGUGACUAUUGUUUACUUGUAAUUUUAUUUAAUAAUGAACGAUUGUGUCAUGUAGAUCAGCGAGCAAACGAUAUAUUAUAUAUAUUCUAUUAAUUUAUCAAUAUACAAAUUUACUUACCCGUGA